AUGACAUUAUAUUCAACAGAACCACAGAUAAUACAGAAUGGUAAUAUUAUAUGUGUACCUAUUAAUGUCACAUCACUCAAAGCUAUUGUCAUAAAUGUAUCGUCUAGUGUUGAUCAAAUAACACUUAAAUCUAUUGAUGGACGUAUCGUAAAUCGUUUAACUCCUCGCGGUUAUCUUUACAUUCAACUAUCUAUAUCAUUACUAUUAUUUGAUAGUCAAAAAUGUUUUCAAAUCGAUUUAGAUUUAUCAAAUGUAACGGGACAUAUUCAAUUUAUUUAUAAAUUGGAAAGUAUAGAAUCAAAUACAAAUACUAUUCAAAAUCAUAGUAUUUCAUUUCCAAUCAACGAUCCAUGUACAACUCGUCGUAUAAAAUGUAAAAAUGGUGGUCGAUGUCAAGUAUCAUCUAAUGGACAAACAAAAUGUCUUUGCCCAGAAAAUGUAACCGGAACUGAUUGUGAAUCUAUUGGUGUUCGAUGUUCAGAUUUAAUCUGUAUUAAUCAAGCUAAUUGUUCUUCUGAUAAUCGUUCAUGUGUAUGUCAAUUAGGGAAUCAAGGUCGAGAUUGUUCAACGCGAUGUGGUGAAUCAUAUAUUCAACCCAAUAUAUCCUCUGAUCGUAUAAUAAAUGGAGAAACAGUAGUAAAAAAUUCUUGGCCUUAUAUAGUCUAUAUUCAAAUAGGUGAAAGAAGUUGGUGUGGUGGAAGUUUAAUUGAUUCAUGGAAUGUUUUAACAGCUGCACAUUGUACUUAUGGUAGACAUACUCAUGAAUUUAUUCUAUGGUUUGGUGUUCAUAAAUUAGAUGAACGUAUAAAUGAAAUGAAUAUGGGUAUUGUUGAAAAACGUUCUAUUCAACAAAUUAUCAAUCAUCCAAAUUAUACAAUAUAUCCAGUAAAAACUUAUGAAAAUGAUUUAGCAAUAUUACGUCUAUCACAAUCAGUUGAAGAAACUGCUUAUAUUAGAUAUUUAUGUAUUUUACCACCUAUCAAUCGAAUAAUAGAUAUUCAUUUAGAUGAUCAAGUAGAAAUUAUUGGUUGGGGUUAUAUAAAUAAGCUUUUAUCAAAUGGAACAUUUAUUCGUCAAACAAAUGAAUUACAACAAGCUAUGAUUAGAAUUUUACCAGAUUAUGAUUGUAUGGAAUAUAAAAUCGAUGAUCAAAUACUUUUUCAAUCAAAAUAUAUGAUUUGUGCAGGAUCAAAAGAUUACAAAACAGACUCAUGUCAAGGUGAUUCAGGAGGACCUUUAAUGAUAAAAUAUAACAGCCAAUGGUAUGCUAUAGGUUUAGUUUCAUUUGGAUCAACUGAAUGUGCUAAACAAGGUGCUGCUGGUGUUUAUACACGUCUUUCAAUGUAUUAUGAAUGGAUAUAUCAGUACAUGAUACCAUGA